AUGAAUUCCGCCAACGUUACGAAAAAUACACAUGGCAAGGCCGAGGGCGAAGAGGAAGCAGACGGGGACGAGAUCGGUGGUUGCCUUGAUAACAUGCGGACAACAGGACAGCAGACCGGAGGGCAGAGGUUAAAGGUGCCAGACAGAGCUAUUGCCAGCGCCCUGAACCAGCAAAGAAGGAAGACGCGGAGAAGAAAAGGCUCGUUGAGGAAGACGGCUUUACUUGGGACGGGAAUGUUGCGGAUGGAAGGGAAGGAGAGGUUUGCUGGUGGCGGUACAACAUUGAAGCGAGCCACAGGGAUAUUUCUCGACCAGUACGAUGGGCCGGCGGAGAUAGAGGAGUAUAAGAGCAGAGAGAAAGGGGAGCUUGAAAAGGAUGGGGAAACGGGUCGUGAAGCUGCCUCUGUUGUCACAAACGACAGCAAGAAGUUAUCUCGGCUUCAACGACAGCUCUCAGCGUCAUUAGACGAUGGCGAGUCUACUCCCCGGCGAUAUAGUCAUUCGAGUACGCUUGCUGCGGAUCACGAAAGUCCGUCCUCUGCCUCUCCUUCCUCUUGGAACCAGAACCAGUGGAAGCAACAACAGCAGGGACAGCAAUUGCAGCACACGCCGGCAAACAGUGGCUCCUUCUCGAAUGCCGCGCAAGUAGGACAAUCAAGUGCAGCAAACUCCGUCCAAGAUGAUGGCACAACGGAUGAUGAAGACGGACUCUCGCUACCGCGACUGAAUACCUCGAACCUCUCUCGUCUGUCGAGCAAAACUAGCAACAGCAGCAUAUCGGCCUCUCCAGUGCUUCCUCCUCGACGUAUGCCGCUAUCCGCUCUACAAACGGCUGCUUCAUCUAGUUCAGACUCGUUCUUCAAACAUUCCAGCACCAUGGCGCAGAUUUCACGCUCGUCUUCUCAGCGUAUCCGAUCACCACUAGCCACUUCAAACACUGCCGAAAUCACCAGCCCCUCAGAGGUAUGGGAUUACUCUGAGACCGAGUGGUGGGGAUGGAUUAUACUGAUAGUCACCUGGCUGGUAUUUGUUGUUGGUAUGGGCAGCUGUCUUGGGGUAUGGAGCUGGGCGUGGGAUGUAGGAGAGACUCCCUAUGCACCACCAGAGCUGGAGGAUGAUGCCACCCUUCCAAUUGUAGGGUAUUACCCUGCCUUGAUCGUCCUGACAGCUGUUAUGGCUUGGGUUUGGGUGGUAGUUGCUUGGGUGGGUAUGAAGUAUUUCCGACAUGCAAAUAUUUCAGGGGACGAUACAUGA